UGAAAUCUUGGGUGGAAUGUCGCAAGAGCGGGCUGGCGCGGCAACGAAAGACGUCAUUGGGGCAGCGGAUUACGACCGACGACCAACGACGGGUGUCCCUGGGCAACACGGGAGGACGUUCUCGAGUCAGGAACGAGGAAAUGAUAGCGAUCAGGAUCAAAGUUACAUAACCACCUCCUCUGUUCCACUGACGUCGUCUUCAAAUGCUGUGGCUAUACAACCGGCCAAUCUUCUGCAGGAUAUAUAAGUACAGGUCUGUCAACGAUAGCCCACCUGCGUUUGCACCGCACCCCCACUUGCCGCCAUUGCUUGUUUCCUUUGGGCGCCUCUUUUCUAGUUCUCUCCUUGACCCAUUCCGCCACGGCCAACACGAUCGACUUCGGACAACCGGGCGCGGCGCCACAACAUGAGCCAGAAUCAGCACAGAGACGACCUCGAGGCCGUCAAGAUCGGCGAGGCCAAGAAUUACACAGAGAGCGUCAGCAAUGACGCCGAGAGCUUCAGGGACCUUCAGGAGCGUGAGGCAGGCAACGAGAUCCAGUACAGGACCUGCUCGUGGCAGAAGACGGCAGGUCUGCUAUUCUCCGAGUACAUCUGCCUCGCCAUUCUCUCGUUUCCAUGGUCGUACUCUGUUCUCGGUCUCGUACCGGGCAUUAUUGUCACACUCGUGGUCGCUGCCAUCGUCCUCUACACUUCCCUGAUUCUCUGGCGCUAUUGCCUGAAGCACCCAGACGUUCGCGACGCGUGCGACAUUGGUCGCAAGUUGUUCGGCGGCUCCGAAAUCGCGUACAACAUUACCGCCGUUUUCUUUUUCCUGAACAACACCUUCAUCCAAGCCCUCCACGUCCUCGUCGGCGCUGAGCUCCUCAACACGCUCACCGAUAGCGCCGCGUGCACGAUCAUCUUCAGCGUCGUCACCGCUGUCGCGUGCUUCUUCAUAUCUCUCCCGCGUACGCUCGACCAGCUCAGCUGGAUUGGCACCGUCGCCGCCGGCUUCACAUUUAUCGCCGUCCUACUCGCGAUCGUGUUCGCGGGCGUCCAGGAUCACCCUUUCGGAUACAUCGUCGGUCAGGAGCCCCUGGUGACUGCGUUCCCCGUCAAGGGGACGACGUACGUCUCAGGCAUGUCGGCGUUCUUGAACAUCACGUACACGCUUGUCGGCCAGAUCACACUUCCCUCGUUCAUCGCGGAAAUGCGUGAUCCCAGAGAGUUCCCCAAAGCGCUCUGGGCAGUGACGAUCGCUGAGAUAAUUGUGUACACCAUAUGUGGUGGCCUCAUCUAUCACUGGACCGGGAACCAGUACGUGGUCGCGCCCGCGGUGGGAUCGCUGCAAAUCACGUACCGCAAGAUCGCGUUCUCGUUCGUACUGCCCACAAUUCUGUUCCUCGGGUCGCUGUAUAGCUCUGUGACGUCGCGCUUCAUCUUCUUCCGCAUAUUCCGCAACUCACACCACCGGUACUCGAACACGUUCGUCGGAUGGGCGACCUGGAUCGGCAUCGUCGCGGGCACGUGGGCCGUCGCAUUCGUCAUCGCCGAGAUCAUCCCUUUCUUCUCGGACAUGCUCAGUCUGAUGUCCUCGCUCUUUGAUGGCUGGUUCGGCUUCAUCUUCUGGGGCAUGGCGUACCUCGAGCUAUACCCGCGCGCCCAGCGCUGGGCUGGCGGUCUCCGGAGCGCCGAAACCCUGUUCAACUACUUCUUGAUCGUGCUCGGGUUCUACAUCCUCAUCGCGGGGACAUACGUGUCGAUAGACUCAAUCAUCCUCUCGUACCAGGCGAACGAGGUCGGCUCCGCAUUCUCGUGUGCGAGCAACGCCGUUUAGAUUCGGAAGUUCCCCCGCCUUUCACACUCCUUACGCAUCUCUUACUCCUACUCUAUCUCCUCCUUUCCCUCCUCACUUUUUUGCAUACGCAACUGCCCCUAUCCCCCCUCCUUGCCAACCCCAGAUGUACACGCACCACUCAAAAUACUCUGCAUAUAUCCCGUGUGCUAAUACGUACCCCUG